UCCCGCCCACCAAAACAAACCUCUGCUUCUGUGAGGGCGGAGCAGGACACGGAGGCAGGAAGCGGCCAUGGCGGACUGGGGCCGAGGUCCAAACACAAAUGCGGUGGAUGAUAUGUUAGAUGUGGAAAAUAAGCGCAGGACAGAAAAUCUGGCCACUAAAGUCACCCGUCUAAAAUCGCUUGCAUUGGACAUUGACAAAGAUGCUGAGGAUGAAAACAGGUACCUGGAUAAUAUGGAUUCUGAUUUUAUGAGUGUGACAGGUCUUCUCACAGGAAGCGUGAAGCGUUUCUCCACCAUGACUCGGUCAGGAAGGGACAACCGCAAGCUUCUCUGUUAUGUCUCUGGUGGAUUGGUUCUUGUCUUCUUCAUCUUGUAUUAUUUGAUAACGAGAGCACGAACUUGAGGGAAAUUGUUAAAGUUUUGUACUGGAUGUUAGUUGAAGGAAAAAAGUGGUAAUGGAAAAUGGAGCUGCGGAUGACCGUCAGAUGUGUAUCUUGGAAAGUAUUUAAAUUUUCACAGUAACCCAGAAGCUCCUUUAUGAACUACAGGAUGAUCUCUCCAUUCAGAACUCAUCUUUUUCUUUAAAGGGGAUAUGAUGUUGUGUCUCUCUACUUGAAAGUUCAAAUGCAACACAAUUCACUAAAAUGAAGUCUCUUUCCCUCAGCCUUGUAUUACGGUAGCUUGCUGUCUUUUCUUGGUGAAAGAGGAAGCAUGUUGAUGAUUUGCUUUCUGCAGUUUAUGGUUCAGUAGAAAAAUCCUAACAAUGUUUAGUUAAAAUAUUCUAAUGCCUAGUUUAAAGGGGGAGAUGGUUGCUUAAAAGACAGAUGUUGGAAUAUGUGCAUUUUUUAGAAGUAGUUUGUCACAUUGGAAUGUCUUUUAAAGCAAAAUUGCUUUAUCACUUUUUGGAUAAACCAGCAGCUAUAAACAAUGAUCGAUUGUUAACUCUCAGAGGUGUGUAGAAGAACAGAGUUGGACUUAAAGCACACACAAAAUAGAAAACACAUUGAAUAUGUGACUAUGUUAUUUCUGCUUUUCCCCCCUGUCCAUUCUAAUUAAACCCUUAACUGAUUUGCCAGUUUUGAGUUGUACUAACCAUGUAGUACGUUAAUGUAUCCUCAUUUUUUAAACUUUGUCCAAAUCAACCUUAAGGUUCUUUUUUAAUUUGAUGUAUUGGUUCUAGAUUAAAAAUUCAAUUUUAUGCAUA